ACUAAGCAAUUUUGAAUUGUAUGUAGCAACACCCUUAGUUUAUUACACAAUCACAAAAUCUAGCGCACAUCUACACAAACCGGAUCUUUUUUCAAUACCCGUUUCAUCACCGAUCCGGUUGUCGAUUCAAAGAUUCACUACUCAAAACUCAAAACCUCUCUCCCUCUCAAUCUCUCUCUCUCUCUCUCUCUCUCUCCCCUCCCUCUCUCUUGCAAUGGAGUUUCUGGGCGAGGACGGCAAAGGCUACGAGCUAGCUCGGAAACUGGAGACACACGGCGUGUGGCGACAGUGGCUGGGCGAUUCCAUAUACACAAGCUUUGUCAAUAAUUUAAGCUCACAAUCCAAUUGGAACAAUUUUAUGAAAACUGAUACUUCAAAAACUAGGGCACAAAUUGAGCUUCAGCUUAGAGUUCGAGCUCUAUUAUUCGACAAGGCCUCCAUUUCUCUCUAUCUCAACUCCAAUCACUCCGCUUCUUCGUCGUCAUCGCCAUCAGUGAUUUCCAAGCUAAAUCCCAACUAUUUGAAGUUACAUGGUGAUGAUAUUUACUUUACUCUUGAGAAUUCUUCUCCACAGCGUGAUGGUGUUCUUGCAACUAAUACUGCAUCUCUAAAGGCUCAUUCUAAAGCAUCUUUUGGUAUUGGGGCAAGAUAUGGGGAGUCAGAUACUGAUAGUAUGUCUCAUAAAUUUCCAGACUCAUGGUAUAGUCAGUUUUUUGAGAAAUACAGAGUCAGCAAACCUUAUAGGUUGUCAUUUGGUGACGGAGACACGGACAAGCGUACACCUGAGCAGAUGUCUGCGUAUCUGAAUGUUGCUGAGAAGCAUAAGAAAAGACGUAUAGUUUUUAAGGAUGAUCAAAAUACAGCCUUCGGAAAUAAUGUAUUUGAAAUAUCAAACUUGAGGUCAAACUCUGUUGUAGAUGAUUUAGGGACAUCUGAUAAUGAAAACUUGUUUUUUCCUGAAACAAUGUUUACAGUGAAUUGUGUCCCUGAUAGUGUACUCCCUCCAAGCACUGGAGCCGAAGAUAACAAGAAAGUAGAUUUUAAUGGAAUUCUUGAUACCUUACCCCAAGUCAAAACUAAGAGCCCUAUUAUGAUUGAGAGGCUUGGCAUCAGGCCAGAAUACCUUAAUAUGGACAAAAAAAAUCUCAGCAAAGAGCAAGCGCUGGAAAUGUCAAAGAAAGUGAUAGCUCAUACACUUAAAAAUGUGGGUUUUGAAUCUGCUUCUGAGGAAUCACUGGAAAUCCUCUCUCAAUUACUUAGCGGUCAUAUAUGCAAAUUAGGGCGUAUUUUGAAAGUCCUGUCUGAUAAUUACAGGAAGCAGUACUCUGCCAUGGAACUAAUCAAGAUGUUUCUACAAACCACAGGACAUAGUAAUCUUGGGGCUUUAGCACAACUUGUGAAGGAUAAUAGCAGGAAUUAUGCACAACAAACUCAGCAACUUCAGAAUCUCCAGUCACAAAUGCAGUUACAACAGCAGGCUUUUAUUCGUCAGCCCCAACAGAUGAGUAGGGAGUUGCAUCCACAGUUGCAGCACAUGGUUCAACCCCAAAAUUUGACACUUCAACAACAACAACAGUUGAUGCGGAGGCGCCAACCACCUACAUCACAACGUCCUAUGAUGAAUGUGAACACUGGUUUUAAUAAUUCAAAUAUGGAUAAAGAAAGGCCUAUGUUGCAAGUCAAAAUUGAAAACACUACUGAUUUUCCAAUUGAUAAUACUUUCACCACCAUGAAUUCGAGACAUUCUCAAAUGCAAUUUCGGCAGCAACAAAUGACUGCCAUGUCUGCCUUACAAGCUCAAGCUCAAGCCCAAGCCGGAAAUCAGUUUAGGUCCCUGGCUUCCCUUCAAGUCCCUCAAAUGCAGAUGCAGACUCAGAUGCAGACUCCAAUGCAAGCGCAGAUGCAAACACAGAUGCAAACGCAAAGCUUGGGCAUGGUUAGGGCCCCACCAGUUAAGGUUGAAGGCUUUUCAGAAUUGAUGGGUGGAGAUGCUUCACUCAAACAUGACGAAAACAAGUUGACCUCUCCUUCAAAAUAAGUAGUUGAAUGUUUAAUUUAACAGGUAUAUCAUAAAUGUUCUUUUCACUGUUGUGGCUCAUCUUUGUAACUUAAAUUGUUCUGGUAUAUCUUUGUAACUUAAAUUUUACAUCCUUGUACAGAAAGGAUUUAGUACAAGUAUAUUGCUAGAAGUGAUAUAUUUACUGACAUUCUUUUGAUAUUAUUCCCAAUUUUAGAGAGUUCUAAACUCUGUUAUUUGAA